CCACUGAAAACACAGUGUAACUCACCAGGAGGCAACAGGACAUAUAGUCUACAUACUGUUGCUGCUGUGAACUGGCCGCCUCAUGAUAAAAAUAACCAUGUUUGUGGUAAAUGGUCAGAUCUUGGAGCUGCUGAUGACGACACUAUCAAACUGCACUUUACAGUACUGUGAAUAUCAUUUGUGGCUCUCACUCUCUCUGCCGCCUCCACAAUGAUGCGUGUUGCAUUAACGCAGUGUCGAGGAGUGGGAGGUAGAGGGCAAACUGAAAGGGCUAGAGAAAGAUGGAAAGAGAGGAACGCGGAGAAAGUCAGGAAAGGAAAUAAAAUAUUGUGUGUUGUACAGGAGAUUAGGAAGGAUGAUUGAUGGAGAUAGAAAGGCAGACGGACAACUUCCCUAAUUUCUAAGAUGUAUGACGAUAGUGAUUUCCCCUGGGAAACUGGCUCAGGUCAAGUUAAAUCUAGAAAGGAUUGAGAGGAGGAGAGGAAAAACUGCACCACAGAGAGAGGAUUCUGUAAGUCAGCUAUAACAAUGAAAGAUGUUCUGGUAGAGAAAAGGGAAAAAGGCCAGAUGGAGAGAAGUUGGUCUCUUAGCCGCUCCAAAGCUCUUGAAUCCUUCAAGCUGAGUGGAGCGUCAAAGAGUGGAGAGAAAGAAUAUCAGGGAGACAGGGAGGAAUGGAUAGAGAGAGGUUAUAUUGAUGAGAGGAAGAGAGAAUAAGAGAGAGUGAAAGGGAGAGGAGGAGGGCUCGCGUUGGUGUGUUGGUUGGCAGAGAGAGCGCUUGUCAAAAAAAUGUUGCUCUGACAGAAGGCAUGAUUCAGAGGAUAGAGAGAGGGAGGGAGAGGCGGUGGGAGAGAGAAAGAGAGAGAGAGAGAGAGAGGGGGGGGGGCAGGCAGAGCGUCAGAAAAGCAGCAGAGAUAAAGAGAGGGAUACAGAAAGGAACGGCAAGGGCACGAAUACCGACAGCGGACAGCCAUCACUGAACUUGCUUCCCCAUUCAUUUCUUUCUCUCUCAUCAUCUGGGUGUGACUGACAAACGCAUCACUGUAAAUGUCUAAUUGGCUGCAAAACGAGUCAGAACAAUAAACAACCAAAGUGAAUGCAGUCAUGUGGGGAAGGAUGGAGGCAAACAAUAAGGCUGUCGAUUCAUCUUUAGAUUUAAUCUGGACAUGAUGCUGCUCACAGAGUUGUUUUCCUGUCAUGGAGAUAUUUAAGGGAUUGCACUGACAUCUCAUUAGCGGAGGAGAUAAGAUUUAGAGUAGAAAAAAUAGAUGUGAAAAUUCCAAUAAACCAUUUGGUUUUUUCAUGUUCCUCACAUAAUUAGCUGUCAUUGUAUCCAGUUUUGGACUAUUUUCUUGAAAUUAGUAAAAUUGACAACUUCACAAUUCACACCUCAAAUUUCCCUCGUGCCUCCCAUCAACCCCUCCCACCAUCAGUCAUUCAACCAAGCAUGGGAAAGCCUCUCAGCCGACCUGGAUGUUUCAGGAAGAGCUCCUGCUGCCUGGAAAAACAUGGAGUUGGUGAUGGGAGACUGGGAAGGCGAGAUGGAGGAAUGGAAGGAGGCUAUGGGGACGGCUACAUUCCCCAGCGCUCGAUCUAUGAUACCAUGUGCAUCAAUCAACAGAUUGACAGUCAUCACCACCCUGGUGGGUCAGUGCGGCGAGAUUGUGGGAUGGAAGGAAACUUAAGUUACUCUGCAAGUGGCUCCCUCCGAGUUUGCAGGUCCCCGGUUGAGAUGUUUGACUCUCAGCCCUGCUCUUUAACACCAAAUCCAUCAUUUGUUCGGCGACUGGAUGAAAGAGCCAUUUACGAUUCACUGAAACUUGGUGGUCAGGAUGUUGAUGGCAGCGGUUUUCACUCACCAGAUCACUUCACCAGAUCAGCUUCUCCAUCAGUGUCAUCUUUCUCAGCACCUGGAGUUUCCUCCUUGUCGAAGAAAAACCACCAUCACCAUCAUCACCAUCACCAUGGAGACAGCACCAAAAGCAGAGAUGGACGACACUCCUGGAAAGUCAUGACGCCUCCAAAGCCCUUAAAGCGAAUGGAGAUUAGUAACAAUGAAAUGAUGGACAGAGGAGGGGGAGGAUACUUAAACCCCGGGCACUACCCUCCACCUGGAGGUCAGACCUCCUCUCUUACCUCCCCCCUUAUUUCCCCUUUUUCUGGCUCUCCAAUUUCUUCAGGGUACCACACUCCUGUUUUUUUCUCUCCUGUCAAACAUCGUCCCAGUCAAUCUCAAAGUUUGCGUUGUUCUCCUCCACAUGUCAUUCAACAGAGGCAUUACUCCCAAACACAGAGUCUACGGCUGUCCCCACCCCACGAGCUCAGACGAUCACCAUUUCAAGCGCCGCUCGUUCAGUUGUCCGCUCAUGACCUUGAACAGGACCUAAGGGAUCAAGGAGGCGGAUGGGGCCGAAGUGAGCGUGAAAGGGAGUGGGAGAGGGAGAGAGAAAGAGAAAUGGAGAGAGGAUGGGCCCAGCGGGAGUGGGAAAGAGAGCGGGAAAGAGGGAGACUAGAGAGGGAGAGAGCUAGAGAAAGGGAGAGGAGGGAAACUUUUUUUGGUACCUUUGGUUAUGUCAGGCCUGUUCCCCUGCAUUCAGACAGAGAUUCUGUGUUUUUAGAUCCAGACCAGGGCUUGGACACAACACCCCUUUUGCUACCCCAACCGUCACCUUCCCCCUCCCCAAAUGCUGCACCCAGAAUGGGAACUUGUGCCGUGGGUAGGAAUAGAGCAGGGUCAAAAGUUGGUCAUGAAAGUUCAGGUGGUGGAAUGGUUUCCAAGUUCGAUAAUGGGAGUGUUGGAUUGGUGUUAGUUGACAGCAAAUCUGGGUGUGGGCCGAGGUUAGUGAGCGAAGGUGGUGUUGCACACAUGUCAGAGGCUGAAAUGAGAGCGGGGCUACAAGCACAUCACAGAGCCGAGAGCAGGAACAAGUAUGAUAGGGGCUCCAGGGUUAGUGUUAAAAAUGGGUCUGAAUCGAGAGUUGCUCCCCAGGUGAAAACAAGGCCCGAGGGACAGGAUCGUGGAGAAAAAGUACACUCGGGCAUAGACCCAGGUAACAUGGUCCUAUCUGUACAUGAAGUAAAGAGAGGAGAGGCAACGAGUGAAGCUAAAAGUCAAGGGGAUGUGGCAAAAGAAGAAUGUAUAACUGAGUCUACUCCACCAAUUCUAAAAGACAGGAGACACAGUAUAGGAGCUAGAAAGGAAUAUGACACUGAGGCUGACAGAGGAAAUAAGCCAAUCACUGGGGCAGGAUUAGAAGCUCCAGGCAGUUCAACACAGACUGGAAGAAACAAUGGAAGUUUAGCCAAAGAUAAUAAAGAGGUUCAUUUGGAAGCUGAGUUCAAAGAAAGUGACAAGAGUCAAACAGAUGUCAGCGUUGGAGCUGAAUUUCAGGCAGAGAAAGAUACUGGUUUUCAAAACGACACCCGUAAAAAUACAGAGACUAACAAUGUUGCUGUAUCUCAGCAGUGCAUUAAGGCUUCUGAUAAGAUUGUUUCUAGUGAUGUGAAUGAAAUUGUCCCUAAAGAGCAAGUUGAUGAAAAGGCUUCAAAUGGCCUUAAGAAAAAAUCUAGCCAUACAAAGAAAAGUUCAAAGUCCCACAAGUCCAAAUCCUCUAAGUCGUGUUCUAGGUCACGACCCGGCACAGCAACAGGCCUACAACCUGGGGUCAGCCCAAAGAUAAGACGAGAUCUGGAGUCCCCAGGCCCUUUUGAAGGCACUGAAUCCACCUGGCCUCGCCGGAUCAUGGUCAGAAAGAGGACUGUAAGGCAAGGUGGCGCUCUUCACAACCUACCCGUUCUUCCCCCGCUCCCCUCUGUCCUUUCAGCGUUAGAGAAAAGACGGCCACAAUCUCUCAUCCGUGCAGGGCACUCACCAAAUCCUCAAGCAGACGUAAAAACUGCUUCUAGUAUCGUGGGGCGCUGCUCACUCAAAGAGCCCUCGAACACAGAGUCAGCCCAGGCGGCUGGGUUUGUAGGUAGGGCUUCCUUAAAGGAGCAGAAUCUGGAGCACUGGAGGGUUUGCAGAGAUCAUGAAGAUUCCAGAACUCCACAGAACACUGAGAAAAAUGAAGAGCAGAGGAAGAAGUCAAGAAGGAAUGAGCAGAAUGGUGAGGAGGACAAAGAAAACCAGAAGGUAGAGGAGAGGGACAAAAUACAGCACUUUGUGGUUGAGAAUAUAGAGAAUAUUCUAGUCUGUGAGGAGCUACUAGAGAAAACCAGCCAAGAAAAUGAAGAAAUAUUUAAAUCAAAUGACAAAACACCUAAAGGUUUGAAAGGAAAUGAUGAAGUAAUGUCAGAGAAGUUAGACAGUACAAGCGAGGAGAUCGAAGAUGCGACACUGGAGAGACAUGAACAACAGCUGGUGCUGGUGGCAUUACAGAGAGACGGAUGUGAAGAGGAGGGAAGAGAAGUAGGCCGUAUGGGGGAUCAGGCAGGGAUGGAGAGUUGGGAUUCUGUCCUUGAGAUGGUCAACACACUCUGGGAUGAGGGCUGGCAGAAAGGAGGCCAAAGGGAUGAAGGAGAUACUGAUUCUUGUUCAGGCUCUCUGCAGCGCUGGCCUCUUUUGCGGCCUCCUGUUGGCUUUGGAGGAUCACACCCUCCAUCCUCAGCUGCUUCUGAGCUGAGCCUUACAGAAUUAGAAAGAAGAGCAAGAGAGCUGGACUCUGACCUGGAGCACUUAGAUCUGUCCCAGCCCCUCAGGGACAAUCAGGAUUUACACAAAACACUGUUGGAUCCAAAGAGGGAACGAGCUGACAUCUACCAAACACAUCCUGGGCCGCAGAGAGAGAAAGCUGCCAUCUUGACAGGAGUGGGAAGUCGAUCCCAGGUCAGUCUGGAACUCACUGCUAUGACCUCACCAUCUACCAAGAUUGAGAGAACCUCACCUGACUGGUCAAGCCAGGGCACAGGGACGUCCAAUUAUGGCACAAGCUCUACUAAGGAGGACAGCUCUCCAGACUCCAACAUAACACUGGAGUCUGACUCCAGCGGCAUCUUCCUGUCCUUGUCCAAUCAGAGUCAGGAGGAUGCAGGCUCCGACAGUGACCAGCCAGUCAGUGGUUCAGACCUAGGCAGCAGCACAUCACUGGAGAAAGAUGGGGCUGAGGGAGGACUCAAGGAAUGGGGGAGAGAGGAGAGUGCAGAGCUGCAGUGGUGCUACCCCUCUCUCCUCAACACGUCCCCAAAUGAUGACACUGGAUUUGUUGAAAGAGAGCAAACAGAGUGUGGGACGACGGAUAGGGAUGAUGAGAGAGAGGAUACCACAGAUGGAAGGACAGAUGGUAAGAUAGGGAUCGUUUCAAUCACUAAGUCCUCGGUCAGCCUUACAGACUUUGGAGGCUGCCGCUCUCUGAGUGUGCAACAACGUAAAAAAACAUCUCCCAGGAAAAGGGUGGCCCUUAAAGAAGAUGAAUCCUCUCUGAUGCUGUCUCCCCUAGAGGAGUCGGCCAAACAGCUGUUAGAUCUUAAGCAGAAGCCAAUCAGAUCAUCAGGACUGGACUGUGGUGACAUUGAUCCUUUUGUCCAAUCAGACAGCUUUGUAUACUUGGCUGUUUCUGCGGGACCUGACUCCCAAGGUGCAGUGACAGAGUUUGGCCACCGUAACACUAAAGCAGGCACAAUACACACGAGACUGGAUGAAACAAAGCCACAUGUGGGCAGCGUGACGACACAGCUGGACCCCACGACUGUAGACAAGGCUGCCAAGCUGGCUCAUCUCACCCCACAGAAACCAGAGGAAGGGGAUUUUUUGUGCACAGACAGUUUUGUCUACCUGGCUGCUCCAGCCUGCCUCCUACUGGGUCCUCAAGGAACUACACCAUACAGUGGCAGGGACUCGGACUCAGAGAGUUCAGGUUCUGGCCCAGUGGAUGUUUCAGUGCUUGGUUGUGACAGUGACUGGGACUCAGAUCUGUCUGAUUCCGAUCCCAGUCGCUGCUCCAGGCUCUCGGGUAUCAAAUCAGCUGCAGUAUCCCAACCACAGCGGGACCCUGCGGAACCCGACUGGGACAUGUAUGGAGAAGUGACGGAAGCAGAAGUGCCCACUGAGCUCUUCACACAACAGGACCGAAACAAUGAUAGCAGAGCAAGAACAGUUACCAAGGUAACAACCUGUAUGGCAGCCACACCAGACGAUGCCAUGGCAACACAACCUACUACUACACAAGUAAAGCUGUCAUCAGCAGCAGAGCCAUCAACCACAACAAAGAAAGUGACGUGGCAGUUUAAGCCUGCCCAGCGGUCAGUGUGUACAGGGAGCAGGAAGGAGAAAGAGAAGGAAUUCACACCGUCAUCAUCAUAUGGAAGGUUCAACGAAAUGGGUGGAGACGAGAUGCCCCGAUCCCGUCAUUCACCCUCCUCAUCUUCAUCAUCGUCGCCAUCAUCGUCCUCAUCCUCUGGCUGACUCAUGACGACAAUGUUCAACAUAUCGUAAAGCUGAUUAAGUUUCAGUAAGGUAAAAUGAAAUCUGUUCUCUAAAAAGGGGAAAAAAAUGUUUUGGACAGAAAACUUGUGGUCUUUUGCACUCUCUGGUUUUAAAAACUUGAUUAAGUUAUUUGUAAAUUUUUCUUAAAAGAAACAAAAACUUCAUGAAUUAUUUAUUUUUAAUGGAAACAUGUAAUACACAAUAUAAAUCCAAAUAUAAAGUAUCAAAAAGGUUGUUAUUAUGUACGUUUACCGGCCACUUCAUUGGGUACAUCUAGCUUACAGUACUACCUGCUCGUGUAGUCGUAGUUUUACUUUAAGAGUUGCCUUAAAAUUUAAUUCAACAACAAAAAUCACUUUAAUUCUCGGAGAGUUUGGUCCACAUUGACAGUGUUUGAUGCACAUUCUUCACCACGUUCUUAAUGUACCCAUCUGCAGAGGUCCACAAACAGCAGUGUCAUAUUAACAUAUUGUUUUCUUUUUUGUCUAUGACCCUCAUCCAGUGUCCCUUUGGUCUAUGUCUGAAAAUAGUCAACAAUCUUCCAGAUGUCCUGUACUGUAAAAAUAAAGGACAAGGCCACGAUUUAAGAAAAAAGCUCAAUUUAAAUGACCAGCUUAAAAUACAAAUUCAACAUACCUAUAUAUGACCCAAAAAACUCAUCUAAUUCUGGAACAGAAAGACACCAGGUGUAUGGGUUUCUCAUCUGUUUCUAUUCAUGACUAAUUUAAAUGAUGAAUUCAUUAAUAUGGUAAAGCUUCAAGAAACAUUAAUUUGAGCUUUUAGCUAAAUGUCAUCGACACAGUGGUUUGUACAAUGUGUUUCUUUCAAAAUUUCAGUGAAGCCUUUGUUCUCAGCAAUAUUAAUCAGUCUUCAAUCCCUCAUGAGACAUUUGUGUCAGUCAGUUUUUCAGAUGUAGGUUUACUUCAUGUCCUGUGUUCAGUGAGCCUGGUGUGACACAAGCCAGGUGUCCGACACACACGCUGGGUGUGAAGGUGGUAUUUUCAGCUGUGUCAGUGUUCAGUGUCAGUAAAUGGUAAUGUCUGUGUUGACCGUCUAUUCGAAAAACAAUAAGUCGAGGGAUAGUGGAAUUAAGGCGGGUAAACAGUUCACAACAUCCUCAACCUAUGGCGUUUCUCCCAUAAAUGUAUGAAGAAAGUCUUGUUCCAUCAUUCCAACGUACAGCGUUAAAAAAAAAUCUUGCACUGGAACUAGACGAGCGGAACGGAUGAACACUUUGUCAACACGAAAGACGGCUUACGCUGAACCCCCUGAAACAGUCGUUCUGACUGUGAUAUAACAUGAUAAAAAAAGUUUAAUCUGAUUCAUCUUUAUUAUGAUUUGCAAGUUAAAUUCAAGAGCCCUGUUUUUUCUAAAUAUAUCUUUAUCCAAUAAUCACUACAGCUUAAAGGCCAGUUGGUGGUUUAACAGUGUUACCAUCCUGAGCUCUCUGUUUCUAAGACCUGGAUCUGUGGAGAAAAUGAAAGUGCAGUGAAUUUUUCUGUCUCUGCUUGAAAUGAACUCCCUGAAGAUAGAUACAGUUUGGUCAGGAAGGGGUUUGGACGUGCUGCACAACAAUACUCAGGAAAGCUGUGUAUUGCACGUGUGUGAGUCCUACAUGGAGUCAUGCUGACAAAAAAAAUAUGCAUCUUGUACAAGAGACCAUGCAACGUUUAAAAUCGUUUGAAUCUUAUUUUUACCAAGUCUGAAGAUCAGCAGCUGUUGGUGUAUAGUUUGUAUCUAAAUUGAUGAGGUCACUGCCGGGUGAUUGGGCUGAUUAGACAAAGUCACUAACAAGCAGGCAGACUCCAGUACAUAAUGAAGUGGCCACUGAGAAUAUUUGUUAUUGUAAUAGUGAAAAAAAAAAACCAUAACACAGAACAGACCACGAGACAACGUGUUCAACGACAGCUGAUAUUUCACUCUGAAAAUCUAACAUCAACUUACUGUGACUUAUUUACUGCACUGUGUGAUAUUAUCACUAGUAUGUGAUCCGUUGGUUCUGAUCAAUCACAACCUUGCUUUACAGUUGUGUGUUAUUUUUAAAAUCUUUACUAAAAAGACUAGGGUUUUUUUUUUUUUUAAGUACUGCAGGUUGUUGUGUAAAACUUGAUUUAACUUGAAACGGUUUGAGGCUCAGGCUAAACGGAACCUUCAGGUCUCAGACUCCUGAGAGCCUUUAAAAGGGUUGAUGUAUUUUACACCUUUAACGUAUUCUCCAUUCAAAUAAAAAUAAUAAAUACAUGUACAGAGCAGGGUAUUAACAUAUAUACAAAGAAUCUUAUGAAACUCACUGUUUUACCUCUUUUCAAUGAUUAACACCCCGUUCAGAGACUCUCUGUGUCACGUGUGUACAUCGAGAUGACCUUUACUGUAUAUAUUCUAUUUUAUAAGCAGAUCUGACUUUAACAGUGUGCUUCGUUGUCUGUGUGGAACACUGAAUGUGCAGACGAUCAAAUAUUUUAAAGGGUUAGUAAUAUCUUUUAAUUCAAAUACAAUAUUUAUCAUUUAAAUUUGAAUUUGUGAAUGUAAUAAUUAAGCAAUAUGCUUAUGAACUGUUCAGUGUUUUAGUCACUUUGGAGAUGAACUUUAUUAAUGGAGAUUACUAUUUAUUACUAAUGCCGUCAUGGACUAUUUUUAAGGCUUAAUGUGCAAUGUUUUUUACUUGUUUAGAGGUGGUUUUUAUAUGAUCUCCAGUGACAGUGAGACCACAGCUGGGAGGCUGUGAAAGUGUCUGUGCAAGUAGUUAACACAUUUUUAAAAAAAAGUUAAUUAAAAUGUCUCAUUUUGAUCCAACCCUCAUAUCAUCAGUGACAUCUGUAGUAAAGAAAGAAGAUUUCUUCAUAUUUACCUUUUUCUUCUCCUCACUGUGGGAAAAUCUGACAGCUCAGCUUUGUUUGUGCUGAAAACACAGGGAGAUUUCCCACCAGUGAAAAUGUAAGGCACAGAAUCUGAAGGUUUUGCGGCUGCCAGUCAUCCCAGCAGUGGUCUUGUUGUCGGGAAGUCAUGACUUUUGUUGUCUCUAAAUGAAUGUGCUGCUCUUACAAUGGAUUUGAAGAACCAACCUGGAAGUGUUGGUGGUCAGCUACAAUGAUUGUAACCAAUGACACGUGGAUGUUUCACAGAUGAUUACGAGUCAGGCAAUAAUAUUUCAUUUCAAUAUGUGGAUCUUUAUAGACAGAGCUGCACUGAAGACU